AGGUAGCUGCUGAGAGAAGCGUGACCAUUAUUCUAUCACCAUUAGUGUAGCAUUUGAUGUUGCAUAGCUGCUAGAGAAGCGUGACUGACACCAUCACAAACUUACUUCGACGAUACUACUUCGCAUAACUUUUCCAAGCCAACAAGCUUUCGAGCCCAAAUCCAGCAUAUUGAACCAGCUGCUAUCAUGGCUACCGGAGACCGUUCAACCGCAGCAGCUCUUCUGGCGUGCGUUCUUCUCGUCACCACCGCGUCAUGCGCUUUCGCCGCCCCCCCCAAGAGCAAAGGCCCCACUCUCCCUGCCAUGCCGUCAAUCACCGCCGUUCCCUUUCCCGGGAUUCGAAGAUGCCUGCUAGUUUCCGCCCUGAGUGCCAAGAAUGUGCUCAGCGCGACUCUGGGAGGCGAUUCGCUCGCCAGGGGCAGCUUCCGCGCUUUAAUCUACCAGCAGGGCAACCGUACGAUCAACAUCAAGGUUCACUUCGACGUGGAGGGUCUCACCCUCCCCCUGCCGCCCACCAACCAAACGCUCUACGACGGCCGCCGCGGCAGCAACGGCGCGCCGAUCUGGGAGCUGCCCAACGCGUGGACGACCGGAAGCACUCCCGACGAGUUGAAAAUGGACACGUGGAUCACUGACGCCACGCGCAAGUUCGUCCCUGGCACGUCUAUGACCUUUUACAAGCUGUUUCAGAAGAUUGACCAGACGCCGAGGAGCUUCUACAUUGUUCUUCGGACGCAGGCUUUCCCCGAUGGUGCCCUGCGCGGCCAAAUGGGACGGCCGUCGCUGGUGCGCUGGGCGUCCAAGCCAGUGUGCUAGUAUCGGAGGAUAUGCGAAUAACAGGUUUACCUUCGGAAAUCUGUGAGGGCUUUUCAAGCCUACUGAGUUGAGUUGAUGGGUCGGAUACAGAGGCGGGCUGGAGGGAUCCAGGAGAGACCUCUUGCGCUCAUGACGCUCAUUGGGUCUCGGAUCCUCUUUUCUCCUUUCUUCUAGUAACCGCAGAUUCAAGCACGAGAGGGAAGGAAGUGUGGUGUGGUGCACUCUUCCACUCUUCCAAUAGAAGUUGUAAGGGAACUUUGAGGCUGACACGCAAGCAAGUGCGCAUUCAGGACUAGUGUGCCUGCAAUGGAUUUACAACAGUGUUUUUCUCUACAAUCACUUCUAAUUUAAUGGAUAGUUGU